GCCACGAAGGAAGCGUCGCUCGGGAGGCCCGGUCGCGGGGAGAUGACGUAGGAGGCCUUGGGCCGGUCUUUGCCGCCGUGUGGGUUGAAGCAGCAGCAGGAGCCCGAGCGAGCGGCCCACGUGAGGCGGAACCGACGCUGCUGCUGCUGCCGCCGCCGCCGCCGCCGCCUUCGAGGGCCGUCUGAGGGAAAGAGAGGCCGAGGAGGAGAAAGGGGGGAAGGCCCCUCUCUGUGGCCGGGAUGCGCCGAGCGCCAGAGCUGCACUUCGAGAUCAUAAUGCAGCAGAAAAAUGAAAGAACAUAGAACACGCUUACAGUGGAGAAGUCGGUUGCUGGCCGGUUGUCGACGAUGGACUGUGGGAUUUUGGGGGCUGAGGCAAUACUGCUUCCAAAGGAAGCGUGCUUCUGUACUUAAAAGAAAGAAGCAAAGCACAUGGACACCCACUAGCCUGAAACAAGCUAAACUGUGCAGAAGGACGACUCUUUGGGGCCAGAGAGGAGGGACUCCAAUAGUGCAAAUUACUUCUCUAAAAAAUCAAACUUUAAUUCAAAAGAGAUUGAAAUACUCUUGGUGCAAAAGUGAAGGGCAGCUGGCAGGGGCAAAAGAGCUUUUCAGGAAGGGCUUUCAGGGCAAACUGCUGAAUCAUCACCGUGGCACAGGAAUUGGUAUAGAAGUUUGCCAAGGCAAGUGCUGUGGCAUUGAGGCUACUGUUACAGCUUCUCCAGGAAAAGAGGGUCAUCAUACACAGAAUGGGGAAGCACAAAAUAAUGGCAAGAGCCAUGAAGUUGUUAUUUUAAAUAACUCACAGAGAAAGUGCUGCUGUCGAGGACGACAGCAAAAUGGAACCAGUGGCCUCUUAACGGUGAGGGGAAGGCCAAGAUUUAAACAGUAUACUUUAAAAAGAAGAUCCUUAUUUAUGAUGUAUAAGAAACUUUCUCUGGUUAAGUUUCGGAUUAGAGUUGCAAAAUCUCAUCGCAAGCUUUGGAGGGGCAAAACGUGCAAGUUGAACAAAAGGAAGCAGAGUUGGGUGGAGAAAGUGACCAGAGACCAGCAAGAGGACCUCCACCGAGGGACCUUCACAGGUAGUUUUAGGACCUUGUCUCCUCCUUGGAAAUCAAAAAGUCACUGUCCCUGGGCCUUGCUAGGUUUGUCAGAUAUGAACAAUCACAUGCCACGAACUUUAAUUGAAGAGAGUCAAACGCAUCGGACCGAUGGCUGCCUCACAGAGGAUGCGCUCUUACAGUGUAGGGAGCUUCUUACAAAGGACCUUGCCUCCAGAGACCAAAAUGGUAUUACUGAAAGCUGCUUGCCCAGGUUGUGUGCAGGAACUUCUUGUAGAGCCGAGACUGUGCACAAAGAGGAAAAAGGGGAGGUGCCACAACCAGAUGAAUGCCCUGGUGAUAUUUUCAUCUCUGUAAUGGAGAAAGAGAUCUCUGUUUCAGGUCUGGAGAGUGCAGAGUCUAAUCAGGCUAUGGGUGCUGAUGAGAUUGUGCUGGAGCCCGCCAAGGUGGACUUGGGCCCAAAUGACAGCUUUGCCAAUGGACCUGUUCACGUGGAGCUGUUGCAAAAUGAAGACAGCCGUAGUCAAAUGGAAGUGGAAGGAUCUGUAAAUGUGGAUGUCAUUGGUGCAGAGCUCUUAGAUCACCCAUACUGUAAAAGCCCUCUUGACGAACCUUUGAGAGGAAGCACAGGACAAAAAUCAGGGACCCCAAAGAGUGGCAAAAGAAGCAAUCAGAGAGCUUCUUCCGUCAAUGAUGAGCAGUUGGCUGUGUGGCUCUGUGGAUUCCUAGAUGAAGUCAUGAAGAAAUAUGGCAGUUUAGUUCCUCUCUGUGAAAAGGAUGUUAUGGGAAGAUUAAAGGAAGUCUUUAAUGAAGACUUUUCUCAUCGAAAGCCAUUCAUCACUAAGGAAAUCAUGAAGUAUCAAACAAGGCAUCCCAAAUCUUCCACUUGCAAUUUCCGCGUCUUCUAUAAUAAGCACAUGCUGGAUAUGGAUGAUCUGACAACGCUGGAUGGGCAGAACUGGCUAAAUGACCAGAUCAUCAACAUGUAUGGUGAGCUAAUAAUGGAUGCAGUCCCUGAAAAGGUUCAUUUCUUCAACAUUUUUCAUAGACAGCUGGUAACCAGAUAUAAUGGGGUAAAACGAUGGACAAAAAGGUAUGUGGACCUCUUCAAGAAGACUCUCUUGUUAAUUCCUAUUCAUCUGGAAGUCCACUGGUCCCUAAUUACUGUGAAUCUCCCUAACCGAAUUAUUUCAUUUUAUGACUCUCAAGGCAUUCAUUUUAAGUUCUGUGUUGAGAACAUACGGAAAUACUUGCUAACAGAAGCUAAAGAGAAGAAUCAUCCUGAUUUCCUUCAGGGUUGGCAGACUGCUGUUACAAAGUGCAUUCCACAACAGAAAAAUGACAGUGACUGUGGAGUAUUUGUACUCCAGUACUGCAAGUGCCUCGCCUUAGACCAGCCUUUUCAGUUCUCCCAGGAAGACAUGCCUCGAGUACGAAAAAGGAUUUACAAGGAGCUGUGCGAAUGCCGACUAAUAGACUAAUCGAAAAGGAAAAGCAAGAGAAGGAGGGGGGAAAGCGCUCCUGCUUCUGGCAUUUUUGAAGAGCCCCAGCUGGUGUUUGUGUACUUGAAUUUUCUGAAGAACUUCCGUGAAUUUCAAACCCAAGUCUAGGCGGAGCGGAGUGGCCAACAUAAUUACCUCAACCUUUUUUUUCUGACAUGCUCCUUAACCAGUGGACCUGCCACAAAAUAUUCCCAGUGUCAGUUGGGUUUUUUUCUAAUGUUCUUUCCUGUAUUUAAUAUUUAUUAUCUUUGACGCAUGUGCAUAGGCAAAGCAUGCGACUAAAAGAGAGAAGUAUAAAACUGUAGAAUUGGUGCACCUUUGAAAUGUAGCUAGAAAUGACAAGAAUAAUACAGGUUAAGCAUCUUUUUUUGUCUGAAAACAUGAAACAUGCAUGAUCCAUUUUCCCCUGAUGCAAUAAUGCUUUGAAUGUACGGAGAAUUCCCAAUGCCAUAAUGAGAGCAGCUAGACCUCCUUUUUUCUUUUCUUAAAAAGAAAAGAAAGUUGGAUCAUUGCUCCUCCUGUAUCUUUUUUUCCAAUUCCUAUUCCAUUUGGAAGAAGACAGAUGUGUUGGAAGAUAGCCUAUAUGCCUAGGUUUGUGGGAAAUCCAUCCAAGCUGAUCGCUGCAAUUUUUAACAAACAAACAAACAUUUCUAUGGCUACUAAAUCACCAUCUUCCUAUGGUUCAAAAGCAAUCCCUUGUACAAGAGACUCUUUAGUGUUAAUAAAACAUGGAGAUGCUGGU